GUGUGUGUGUUUCUGACGGCUGUUCGCGCCUUCACUAAACAUUUCACAGCGGAAUGUCAAUCAGACAGAAAAAGGUGACAGUGAAAUAUGAGUUCUGAAUAUGAAUCUGUUUCUAUGGGUUCCGCUGGCAGGCGUCGCGUGCGUCGCGUGCGUCGCGUGUUUCUGGGAGGCGCUGCAGCUCCGGAGAGACUCCGCUCCAGAGACUCGCGGAUGCAGUGCUGGUGAGAAACAGACGCGCAGGCAUGAUGACAUGUUUUCCUGACGCUUCAGACUGGACCUGUCCUUCUCCUCUGGCCGGUGUGAAGAUGAUUCCUGUGAACGAGUUCCGGAGCAUCACGAGCGAGCAGAACCCUCAGUUCCGGGUCCUGAAGCCCUGGUGGGACGUUCUGUCCGAGUACCUGGGCAUCGCCAUGCUGAUGAUCGGCGUGUUCGGCUGCACGCUUCAGCUGACCCAAGACAAGAUAUCUUGCCUGCCGAACCGGUUCACGGACCUCUCCGGCGGAGACAGAGACUGCAGUCACCUGCGGCAGGACAAAGAGAACGAGAGUCUGUGGGAGUUCGCCAUCACCAAACAUCUCGCUCCCAACGUGGUGGAGGUGUUCGGCCGGAAGAACGGCCUGGAUAUCCACCAGUACGAGUUCGUCAACCACUUCUGCUACGAACGGGCCGUGCAUUGGUACGGAAAGUACUUCCCCUACCUAGUGGUCAUCCACAGCAUGAUCUUCAUGGUGGCCAGCAGCUUCUGGUUCAAGUUCCCAGGGACGUCGUCUAAGAUCGAGCUGUUUGUGAUCAUACUGGGGAAGUGCUUCGACUCUCCCUGGACCACCAGAGCCAUCAGCGAAGUCUACGAAGAACGGCGAGAGGAGAGAAUGGUCGUGUGGAGAAAGAAUACGAUGACCAAAUCAGACGACAACGCGGCGUCUCCGAUCCGAUCUUCCAUAAAAUCCGUCUCAGACCAGACAUCGUCAGAAGCGACCGCGUCGCUCUUGGAUAAGAAAGAAGGCGAGCAGGCCAAGGCCCUGUUCGAGAAAGUCAAGAAGUUUCGGACGCACGUGGAGGAGGCGGAUCUGCUUUACUUCAUGUACGUGCUGCAGACGGCGCUGAAGGUCUUCAAGUUCGCUCUGAUCACCGUUUACAGCGUCGCGCUGGUCCCCAACAUCCAGAUCGUGGUGAUGUGCUCGGUGCCUCCGGAUCUGACGGGCUUCGCCGCGUUCUGCUGCAACUACAAUAAAGCGCAUCUGUUCUCCAAAUUAGCCUACUGUUAUAUAUGCUUGGUCGGGGUUUACGGACUGCUCUGCGUUUAUUCGCUUUAUUGGCUGUUUCACCGACCGCUGAAAGAGUAUUCCUUUGAGGCGGUUCGCUUGGAGACGGGAAUUAACGACAUCCCGGAUGUCAAAAACGACUUUGCGUUUCUCCUGCACCUCAGCGACCAGUACGACGCCCUGUACUCCAAACGCUUCGCCGUCUUCCUCUCGGAGGUCAGCGAAUGCCGCUUGCGGCAGCUCAACCUCAACCACGAGUGGACGGCCGAUAAACUCCGCGCUCGCCUGACACGCAACGCCGGCGAGAGGCUGGAGCUCCACUUGUUCCUGCUCCCGGGAUUACCGGACACCGUGUUCGAGAUUUCCGAGGUCGAGUCGCUCAAACUGGAGCUGAUCAGUAACGUGACGGUGCCUGGAAUCAUAUCGCAGCUUACCGCCUUACAGGAGCUCGUGUUGAACCACAGUCCGGCCAAGCUCCAGCUGGCGGCCCUCAGUCACCUGCGUGAGAACCUGAAGGUCCUGCGCUUGGGCUUCGAGGGCCCGGAGCAGGUGCCGCUGUGGAUGUACACCUUACAGAGCCUGGAGGAGCUGCACCUGAGCGGCGCUCUGAGCACCGAGCUCUCCCGCAGUCCGGCGCUGGACUCUUUACGCGAGCUGAAGAACCUGCGCGUGCUGACCUUACGCUGCAAGCUGACCAAGAUCCCGCCCAGCGUGGUGGACGUGUCCGGCCAGCUCCUGCGACUCUGCAUUCACAACGAGGGCACCAGGCUCCAGGUCUACAACAGCCUGAAGAAGCUGGGGAACCUGAGCGCUCUGGAGCUGACGGGCUGCGGUCUGGAGCGGAUCCCCAGCGCCGUCUUCAGCCUGUCCCUCCUGCAGGAGCUGGACCUUCGAGAGAACCGGCUCACCGCCGUGGAGGAGAUCUUGAGUCUGCAGCACUGUCGCCGUCUGACCGUCCUCAAGCUCUGGCACAACGACAUCUCCUGCGUCCCCGAGCACAUCAGCAAGCUCCGCGCGCUGGAGACGCUGGACCUCAGCUGGAACAAGAUCCGCAAGCUUCCGCCGCGCCUCUGCUACUGCACCAAACUCCGACACCUGGACCUUUCCCACAACCAGCUGUCGUCUCUGCCCUCGGAGAUCGGCGUGCUUCAGUGCCUGCAGUUCCUCUCGGUGGCCUUUAACUCGCUGGAGAGUCUCCCGGAGGAGCUGUUCUCCUGCAAGAGGCUGCAGGUGCUGGCGCUGGGGAAUAACAGCAUCUCCUCGCUGUCUCCGCGGGUCGGGAAUCUGGCUCAGCUGAUUCGGCUGGAGCUGAAGGGAAACCGGCUGGAGUCUCUGCCUGCGGAGAUCGCCGACUGCGUCUCGCUCAGACUGGCCGCUCUGGUCGUGGAGGACGGUCUGAUGGACCUUCUGCCUCCAGACGUGAAGGACAGAAUGAAGCACAGAUAAUCGCAGCACUGGAAUUCACACAUUUUUUUGUCUAAAUAGAGAAUGCUUUGAACGGCUGAUUUACGUGAUGACAUUAGCUAUGUUUCCAUCACUGUUUUAAUGCGCACCAACGAGUGACGGAAACGCCAAUUUUCUAAUAAAAAUCCCUUAAUUUGUAGAAAUGUUUUUACGCUCACUUGAGGUGGUUUUUACUUGUGCGAAAAAGGGUUAAUGUGAAUAAUGGAAGAUGGAAAUGCAUUUGUCGAAUGAAUUAUGAAUUCAGGUGUUUGAUUAGGGUUGGAGCUGAACUUCUGCAGAAAGAUGGGGUUGAGCACUGACAGGUGACAGCCUCUCAAAACGAAAAGCUUGCAGAACGUAUGUUCACAUGCAGACACAUUAUGACAGCAGAGCACAGCAGUCGGGUUCUGGGGUGAAUAUCAUUUUCUCUGUAGGGGAAUUAAUUUACAACAGUAGCUUCAACCAUUAAAGACAGCCCUACUGUGAGCUACAUGGCUGCUAAAUGAUGGUUUAUGCUUUUGUUAAAGGCAUCAGCCCUUAAUAUUUUAACACAUUUUUUAGUAAUCGUGUUUAACAGUGGAAUCCUGGUUAGAAAAAACAAAACUGAUUUAUGAUUCUGCAAAGAAGUCUUCACCAAUCAGUGAAUCACGGCAAGCAAAGUGCUGAACUCUCUCUGUAUUUCUAGUUUUUUUUCUCGGUGUUUAGUUCAGAUGUUUAUCUACUGAAGUAAAUUUAAACAGCAACACCUGAGUAUAUCUGAUUGGAAAUUAAUGCUGCUUUUCUUCGUAACAGCAGACCGAGCUUCUAAAGAAAUGCAGUUCUUAACAAUGAAGCCUCUGUGUUGUUUCCUGAUGGUGGGUGUGGCUGUGUGAGUGGAAAUUUCCACAGGUGUGUGUCUUUACCUUUAUACCUGUUGGCAUUCCUUUUCAUCUCGUGAAGCACACAAUUAGAAAACUUUGCUCAUGGACGUUCAGUGUCAUGUGUCAUGUGACCACUGAUUCUUGAGCUGCAUGAAAUUAUGUCAUAACAACACCGAUUGGCUGAUUACAAGAACACACACACACACACACACACACACUCAUACACACACACACACACACACACACACACACACUCAUACACACACACACACACACACUCAUACACACACACACACACACACACACUCAUACACACACACACACACACACACACACACACACACACACACACAGUCCCAAAGCCUUCAGUAGACGAUCCUGAGCUGUGACAGGAGCACAAUCAAGUCUACUAGAAUAUAAUGAAGUUAUGACUGAAUGUUGUGUUCAAAGAAAAUAUUUGUUAGAAUAUGCAAAUCUUUUUAGGUAUUUUUAUAAAAUGUAAGUUCUAUAUCUACCAGCAGAAUCUAACUAACCAGCAAACCUUGAGUCCUCUGAAGCCUCGGUGCCUCCCUCUGCUGGAAGAGCUGAUGCUUUUGGUGAAAUAGAGAGAAUUUACUAAAGUUCCUGUCCAUCUGAUAGUUUAUAGUGAACGGAUGAUUAAAAACUCACAGGAGAUUAUUAAACUGGAUCAUUUUGUAUAUUUAUGUAUGAAAAAUGUAUGAAAUUCACUGCUUUGCUUUUCUCAGUAGCAGGACUGGAUGUCUGUGUUUGCUGGAGAUGCAGUGUGAUGUGAAGAAGUUGUAUUUCCGUAUAUAUGCAGUCUGUCUGUAUGUUUACAGAUGCUUUUGAUUUGUUCUCAUUCUUUUGCACAGUGCAGAUCCGAGUCUGCUGAAACCAUCCAGUUGGGUUUAAACCGGGUUAAAACACUCACUCUGAGGAUGAUUUACUCGUGCUGUAUGUGGACUUUGAUCUCAAACACUCAGUUAUACUGUUGACGUGAUUAAACAGGUGUUUAUUAAUCCUGUAUCAGUGCAGAGUCAGUGAGAGCUUUGCUGGAUGUAAGAGGGAUCCUGAGAGUUUGGCCUGAAUGCAGCGAGCAAACAAACCCACCAUUGUGUCUGCGUCCUCUCUGCGUUGUAAACGCUCCAGAAAAGCAGCGUUUCUGUUCUGCGACAGCACAAUGUUUGCCUUGUACAGUGGCACACAUUCCUGUGAAGAAACCGAGCCGUUCUGGGUCACCUUGAGCUCGCACGGACACGGACGCAUCUUCUGGAGGAAUAUAGCUCAGCUCGUCAGAUCUGUAGUUAGGGAUCAUGUUUGUUUGUGUAAAAUAAAGUCACAUCAUGUGAAAGAUGUUUGGUUCAGAAAUAAAAGAAGUUU